GACGGACUGUGCGCGAACGUCUACGGAGCGCUGGCUUCGCCCUUACGCUAAAUUAGUGAAAAGUGUGCUAUUUGUUUGUUGAUAUUAACCUAAAAAUCGCUAGAAAUUCGUGAAAUGGAAGUGUCUGGGGCAGCUGGUCCAUCAAGACGUGCCCCGCGAGUGCUCCGUUGCCGAAAAAAACGGCUGUAACCUCAUUUUGGGCCAGUCCUACCCGCUAGCCCAGCAUGGUAAACAGCGGCACGUUCGAAUCAUCCCAUGGGCAAGAGGGCGACAAAAACGUCAUAGCCAGCUGCCUACAACCCCCUACCAUCACCACCGAAGGCGGUCCCUCAGACCCAGAGCAGUCUCCCGAAGACAAACUGCGCUGCAGCGUGCCCUUGGAGAAGCUAGAAGGCUACCAGCCCGAAGACCUCGCCAAGAGUAAGAACAGGAAGCUGCUGUGCCUCUACUGCGACAGAACCUUCGUCAGCCUCAAUUUGAGGCAGAAGCACGUGGAGCGCGCUCAUUCUUCCAAAAACUCGCGCCGCGUCAGCUCCCGGAAGCAAAACCAGCUGACAGCGACCCCUUGCGCCCACUGUGACAAACUCAACAAUACCGAGAACACCUUGAAAGAUCUCUUCCAGCAUCUCGUCCAGGAACACCCCGGGAAGUACUUCGGGUGCUUGCCCUGCGAGGACAGGUUCCUCACGCAGGCGCUGUUGGCCGACCACCAUGUCAACGUCCACAGAGCCGUUUUGCCCUCGGACAGCGUCAAAUCACCUGCCAAGACCACCUUGAAGGAAACGCCCCCUGAAGAGCUGUUUCAGGAGAAAGAGGUGGUCAUCAAGAUCACCAGGAGUCGGGUGAAGCCCAGGCAAGAAGAGGCGGCGGAAGAAGGUAAGAAGAAGCUGAAGAAGCUGAGUGUGAAGAGCUCGAGAAUAGCUCUGAAGAAGAGGGAGAGCAAGAGGUUGCAGGCUUUGGCGAAGAUUGCUGAUGGGGCAAAGAAGAGGAGAGCGAAGCCUGAGAGGAAGCAGCUUGGUGGUAGCAAGAUGGAGCAACAAAACAGUACAAAACCGGAGAAGGCUAAGGCUAGUGCUAGCGCUGGGAACCCUUACCCGGAGUUCGAUAAUUUUUAUCGCGUGAAAAAAAUCACAGACCAUUCCAUAGACAAUUUGAAGAUAAGCUCGCUGACUUUUGACGACGUGUUCGACAAAGCGUUCUUCAAUCGAAUCAAGUGCAAUAUAGAAGAAAACUUAUUACAUCAUAUUGAUGGCAAGCUAUUCAAGAACGAAGAGUCAGAAAGCCGGAUUUCGAAUUUUGAAAAAGUAUCCAAUUCCACACAGGAAAUCCAGAAUGCUAGCUCUGACAACUACGGCUGCGAGUUGUCUCUCAACGCAGUCACCCCAGUAGCCUCUCUAUCCCUUAACUCUCAGUACGGGGAAGAUUUCGAAUCUCAAAUUGAGUACGGUUCCAAACCUUCUAAGAAAAAAACCCAAACGAAAACCGACCAAGUGUUUCACUACAAGUACUUCACACGCAGAAAGUUCCAAGCGAGCAUCCUACAGCAAAAGGAGAACCGCGACCUCAGCAAGCUGGACAUGUGGACGCAGCUGGUGAUCAGAAAUCGCCAGCAAAAAAUCAUCGACGACAAGAAAACGCCCAAAGAGAUCCAGGAGUAUGCUUCUUGUGAUGAGUACAAGAGCAAACUGAAACGCGAGGAGCUGAACAGGAUUUUAGAUCGCAGAGGGCCUUUCGAAGAUCUCAAGGAGGAAGCUAGCAAAAAGGCGGCUCUGGACAAGCUCAACUCGGCGUCUGCGGACAGUAUCAGCCACGAGAGCUUCACCGAUAUCCGGGAAAUCCUCGAAGACAUUCUAGCUAGAGUUUUCGUUGCUACAGGCGAAGCAGACGCGGAGGAAAUAGAGGAGAAAGUGGAGGCUAAAAGGGAUGAGCGAGAGCUGCCGAGCUACCUCAAUCUGCGCAGGACCUCCACUUUGCCCAGCGAAGGGGAUAUUGAUAGGUCGGACAGGAUAGCGCUGAUUUGCUCCUCGCAGGAAACGGAGAACUACGAGCUGCCGACCAAUCAGGCUCGAAGGCAAAACGAACUCGUUGAGUUGUCUGGCGAAUGGGCACGUUGCAGGCUGUACGUUUGCGCGGCAUGCGGAGCCAGGCUGCCCAACAUGAAGUACCUGCUGGACCACAAGAGCUUGUACCACCAGAACGUGUGGGUGCAACACUACGAGUUUGUGGGUAACCAGAACGAGCUCUAUCGGCAUCUGAGCAUCCCCGCUCUGGGCAAGGUCGGCUUCAUCGAGGACACUUUCCAGGGCAAGUUGUGGCGGCGCAGCGAGGCGCGGACGUGCAGCAAAUGCGGGAAGCAGUGCAACUCCUUGGGGGAGUUGCACCGGCACAUCUUGGAGUGUGGCGGCGAUUGGUCGUGGAUGCUGGCUAGGAAAAAGUGCAAGUACAGGCCGUGCAAGUCCAGGAGAAAGAGACUGAGAGGUUUGGUGCAUAGGAUCCGACACAAAGAAAAUGACGGUCCAAAAGAGAAGAAGAAGUACAAGAAGGCAUUCGAGGGUCCUAGACAGCGACCCAGUGACGCUGAAACUAUACAACGUAUGCUAGCCAAUUUACCUGCGAAACGGUCCACUAGGAAAUUGAUAUCUCUCUAUGACGGAGUCUAUAGAGCGAGGAAAAAUAACCAGAUACAGCAGCAGAACUUGAACCAGAAGAAAGUUAAAUGUGGGAAGGUUAUUUAUAAAAGCAGUAGCAUCAAAGAAAAUACGGAAAAAACUAUUAAUACAGCACCUUCGGGUCUCAAGACGCAGAAACCUAAUCAAUCUUCCAACAGAAGAUCUCUGAGGAACAUGAGUAGGGUUUUAUCUAGCAGAAUUCUAGACACAAACGCAAACUUGAAUGUGAAACGGAAAUUGAAGGCGUUAAGUGAAAGAAGGAGCACCAGACAGUCGAAAAUUUCCAGUAAAAUUGUUCCUGAAGUCAAUCCAGAUCAAGCUGCAACUUUAGAAGAUACAGAACAGCUCGAAAAAGCUAAAGCUGGCGAAGGGAAAUUGGAAAAUCAGUUUGCCCUAACUCACAAGAGAACUUCGCCUAGAUCCACUCCUAAGAACGUGAAAAUGAUGAAUGUUAAGAAACUCCUGACGGGAAAUAUUAACAUGAAGUCGUUUUUUCCUGUCAAGAAGCAGAAAUCUAGGAAAGCUCUUAGAGAAACUCAGGCGGCUGAAAGUACCGACAAGAGUGUAGACCCGAAGACUAAAAUCAAAAGAAAGUCCAAUGAGCCUGAAGCUGUAGUUACUGCAAGGGAAGAAAAGCUAGAUAAGCAAGCAGAACCUAAAAAAACGAAGAGUAGCGCUAUCAAAAAAAUCAUGAAGUCUCUGAGUUUGAAAAAGAAACUCGUAAAGAGUUCUGCUUCAAACUCACCAGAACUUGAACUUGUUCAAAGUGAUACUCAGUCACCGACAAGUUUAACCAAUGUCUUGAGCCCUGUUGAGACAGACAAAAGUAACAACAAGCGUAAACUCAAACGUAGCUUCAGGAACGUCAUAAACAGAGUCAAAAGACUGAAAAUUGAUAGCGCCCCAGAAACUUUAGAAACCGACACGAAAGAAAUCGCUACUAAGAGUACUUUUUUAGGGGAAACGAACCUAGAACAUCCAAACCAAUCGGUAAAAAUCGUGAUACCAUCCAACUCAGAAGCAAAAGAAAACUUAGCUGACAUAUCAGAAUCUGCCCAUAUUGCAACUAACUUCAAUAAAACAAGCGGGGACUCACCUGUGCCAGAAAACAUCUUUAAACUAGGAUCCAGUGAUGAAAAAAGCCUCCAAGCCAAAGGCGACCUUGACUUUGACAGUCAGCAAGACACCGACAAGAUCAUCAAAAGUACCGUCACAACAGAAAUUAUAGAAGACAAGACUGAAACAGAAAUUACCCAAAAAACAACUCCCGCGAACGAAAAAAUCGAACCCUUGACCAUAGAAACUUCUGAAAAACCUAAGAUCAUGCCUCUGGUAUCUCCUAACAUCAAAGGAAAAAUCAAGAAACCCACCAGAGGGCUGAACGACUGUAUAGCGAUGCUCACAAGCAAGCUGCAGCAAAAAACCAUCGAACCAAUUGCUAAAGUCGGUGUGUUCAACUUGGUAUCUCCUACUAACGCGCCAAGAAUACUUUCCGACCCUUCGCCACAAAAGUCUGAUUGCAUUUUGAAAAUACCCAAUUUCAAGACCCAAACGGAACCUUCUAGUCUAGAGGAAACAGCCUUAGACUUGAGUGUAAAACCAAAAGAUCAAGGUCAAGAGGUACCGAUAGCGAAGCCAGAAAAAACUGUCAAAAAUCCGGAAGCAGUGUUCGCCGAGGCCAGCAAGCCAUAUUUUGAACCUUUCUCCUUCGGUAUUCCUAAAAUGCCUGAUCUGACCAAUUCUGUUGAGCGAAUCAUCAACAGUGUCAUAGAAAACAAUUUCCAGAAAGAAUCCAACCACAAGAUAUGGAAGUCUUGGAACACGGUCGAUGAAACUAUCCAGUAUGUGAUAGACGGUUACCACCACAAAAGCAGUCCAGUAUCCUCACUGAGUGUUACGAAAAACUCUGUAGAUGACAUCAUUGAUUUCGUAGCGACUUUUGGCAAUGAUAAGGAAGACAUCAAUAACAAGUUGGGCCUAAUUCUGAAACAACCAGGUGACAGAUCCAAACUCAAAAAUACGAAGAAACCAAGCCCAAGCAAGCAAAUGAAGAACAUCGAGCUCCUCAAAGGUAUACUGUCUGGGCCUACCCUUGAUAGUAUAUCAAUAAUUCCUGGAGAUAGUAUUUCUUCUUGCCUAGGUAUUGGAGAUACUAAAAAGAAAUACGAAGACCACAAUACCUCAGCUGAACCUGUCCUAGGUACUGUCAAAGCUGUUGCUCCCAAUAAUUUGGAUAUCACCAUCGAAAAUGUUGUCAGAGAUACAUCCUCCAUUGAGGAGCCUAAACAAACUCCCGUAGAUCCAAUUGUCAAAACCUCUGUUAAAAAACUCAGUCAAUUCAGGAGGAGUAAAGAUAAACAGAAAAGUAUCACGGAGCUUGCAGACAAACCCUUUGUGGAAACUCACUUAGACGAUGUUCUCGACACCAAGGAGGUAAAUUGCAAACCAGAAGUGUCCUCGGUCAACAUCAAAGCCAUAAGUGAAGAUAACGUCGAAAAGACUGAAGAGCUGACACUAACCAGUGAGGAUGAACCACUCGUUCUGGAGAAUAAAUUAGUGAACCCUAGUGACUCUGAGGAUGAUAUACCACUAGCAGCUUUGCUAAAACCAAUUGAGGACAGCAAAAAUGAAGCUACAUAUAUUUCAGUGGCUGUUGAAGACUCUUUGAGCAAAUUAAAACAAAUUACUUCAGAAAAUGUUUGCGAAGAGAUUGCAGGAACGUUAGUAAAGACUGGUUCAACAACUUUUGAGGAACAAACUGAAGAUGGACAGAAUAUCAUUCUUGAUAGCACAAACAUGGAAAACACUACCACUACUCUAGAGUCUCGACUAACAAGUAGUGCUUGCUCAGAAAUGGUAGAAAAUGAAGCAUCUGAGGAAAGUGCUGACACUUUCAUUAAACCUGUUGAAGUUGAAGAUUCGAACAUGAGUCAAGAUCCUGAGGAAAAACAAGCUCAUCAGGACCAAAGAGACUUUCCAGAUCAGGUGGUCAAUGAUUCAGAUGAAGCUAUGGAUUGCAAGGUCCCAGUGACAAAAACAAAAAAGUCACGAGCCAAAAAACGAAGUCUAUCGAAGAAGAAAAGUAUACUACUAGACAAAGUGACAAUUGAAACAGAAAACAGUUAUCCGCAACAAACUGCUGAUGGAACAGUCAGUGUCCAAGAGCCUCAGACAGAAAUUUCUCCAAUUCCUGAUGGAAUACCAUCAAUAGAAUUGACAAAAACUUCGGUGGAUGAAAUAAAAACACAUGAUCAAGUUGAGGAAUCGACUCCAAGUCUUCCGCUUCCACCUCAAACAGCUGAAAACGUAGCUACAGAAGCAAUCAAAGAUGAUGAUGUAUCAAACCAAGAAAUAACAACUGAUAGUUCGUUUGUAAAAAAUCUACCAUUUGCCAAUGAGGAAAUUCUUCCAGAUGUUUUGCCAACACUAAAACGAAAUACAAAUCAGAGGAAAAGGGCGAGAAAAACAAAAUUUUCGAGGAAGAAACCCAAAAGGAAGAACCAAGUUCCAGUUGGAGAUAUUUCCAAGCCAACGGAAUCUCUGGGGUUAGAGCUGUCCAAUGAAGCUCCUCCAUUUGAAACAGAAAAUCGAAUUGAACUUUCUGAGACAUCUAAAGAACCCUCAUCUUCAACACUACCAAAUGUCAGCAUACCUUUAGGCGAUGUAGAUGAAUCUAUAGACAAUCCGAGUUUGAAAACUUCAGUACUUGAAGGAGAUAUCAUCUGUAAUGCCAGUUCUACGUCUAAUUCGAUGGUUGAUAAAUCUUUAGUUACCAAAGUGAUCGAAACUAAAGAUGGUUUAGUUACUGAAACUGAGAUGAAUCAUCAAUGUAGUAUAUUUUCAUCGAUUGAAACCAAUGAACGUCUUCUGGAAAUACCAAAGUCUGAUGGCUCCUUGUUGAGUGAUGGAAGCAAAAUCGAAACUGAUGUUGUUUCAAAGCAAGAAAUAAAAACUGAUAGUUCGUUGGUCAAAAUUCUUCCAUUUGCAAAUGAACGAACUCUUCCCGAUGAUUUGCCAGUUCCGAAUAGAAAAAACAACCAGAGAAGAAGAGCGAAAAAACCGAAAUUCUCGAGCAAAAAAACCAAAAGGAAAAAUCUAGUUCCAAUUGUAGAUAUGCUUGAAGGUAUGUCCAAGCUUGUAGGCCUUGAGAUGUCAAAUGAAUCGUCUCCAUCUGAAACAGAAAAACAAACUGAGCUGUCUGAUACAUCUAAAGAAUCCUCAUCUUCAACUCUACCAAAUGUAAUAAUGCCAUUGAACAAUGAAGGCAAAUCUUUAGACGACACGAUUGAAGGUAUAUCGACAGAAACAACUGAAAAUAAUUUUGAAAUACCAAUGCCAGAUGACUCCAUAAGUGAUUAUAGCAAAAUGCAAGCUGAUGUUGCUUCACACCAAGUAAUGAGAACAGAUAGUCUAUUUGCACAAGAUCUACCAUUUGCAAAUGAAGAAGUUCUUCCAGAUGUCUUGUCAGUACCAAAAAGAAACAUCAAUCAGAAGAGAAGGGCGAAGAAAACAAAAUUUUCGGGAAAAAAAUCGAAGAGGAAGAAUCCAGCUCCUACCGUAGACAUUUUUGAAAAUACUACUAAGUCUACAGGUUCUCUGGGCUCAGAAAUAUCCAAUGAACCUCCUUCAUCUGAAACAGAAAACCAUAUUGAACCUUCCGAGACAUCAAAAGAAUCCUCAUCUUCAACUCUACCAAAGGUCAGCAUAUCAUUGAGUGAUGAAGAUAUAUCUGUAGAUAUUGCCAAUGAAAGUGAAUUGCCACUAGACAAAACAAGUUUGAACACUACUGAUUAUAUUGCUAAUAACAGUUUGACAUCUGACACAAUGGUUGAAAAUCAUUUAGUUUCCAAAGUGACGCCAGUUACUAAAACUAAGAUAAAACAAAAGAGCAAUCAUCAGUUGAGUAGAUUUUCAUCGAUUGGCAAUAUUGGUGAAGAUGCAACCUCCUCUGAAACCAAUGAAAAUCAUUUCAAAGUACCAAUAUCUGAUGACUCCAUGUUGAGUGAUGCAAACAAACCAAAGAACUCUAAAAAAAGAAACAUACGAUCGAAAAUUAAAAUCACUGAGAGUGAAAGAAAUGUUGGUGAACAUAUGACCGAAAUCAUUUCGAAUAUCAAGAAAUACUUAUCACCUGAAACUGAUGAGCAUAAUUUUAAAAUUCCAUUGUCUGAUGACUCGAUGCUGACUGAUACCAGCAAACCAAAGAACUCUAAAAAGAGGAGCAUACGAUCCAAAAUAAAAUUUAACAAACGAAGAUCAAGGUCAUUGAAGUUGGACAUUGGGAUGAGCUCCAGCGAUGAAUCUUCUUCUUCUCCCGUUAAGUUGAGGUCAAGAUCACUGAAGAAACAUUACAGGGAACCAUCUUCUGAUGACUCUCCUGUAAACGCACGAAGUGAAUUGGAACUAACAGAUUCCGAUACUCUCUUGAGUGAAAUAUCUACUAAAAGAUGCUUGAGAACUUCGAAAAAUGAUACAAGUAUAACCCCUCCAUUGAUUGAUGAAGGACCAUCCCUUAAUGUGAAUACAACUGCAAAUUUUAUCUCAGAAACUCUGAUUACAUUGAGAAAAGAAUUGGGUCUGCCAACUGAAGACUUGAGUAAAAAAAAUGCAGGAGAGUUGACCCUCAAAAGGUCUGCCAGGUUGUCUACAGCAAUACUGUCAUCACAAGACGAUUCUUCAACUGUCAUCGAGGCAAUUGUAGAUCCAAAAGACCCCGAAGCCGAGAGCUUAGAAGUACAAAAAACGAGUGUGGCCGAGAUGGUUUUCAAAACACCAACCAAAAAAAGGAAUUCUCGAAAGAUUCACCUCGCAGUCUGGACUGACGAAUCAGAUUUGAACGAGUCGAAUACUGAAGAUACUCCCAAUAAGAAACGUCCGUUGAGGAGUGCUUACAAUCAACUGACGUCAGAGAGUGAGACAGAAGACAGUUCACACUCUGAUGCUAGUUUGAGAACAAAAACAAGGAGAGGUUCAAGAUCAUUGGUGAACGAAUUCAAAGAGCCUAGUUUCAGUGAAUUACAGUCAAAGGUACACGAUGAAGAACUACCAAACUGUGAGAGUAAACUUGAGGUAGAAACUGAGGGUUUUAACUCCGAUCAGAAGACAAAAAUCAAGCAUGUGUCUAAUAAGAAAAGGGGUAAAACGAGACUUGUCACCUCCAUUGAAUCAACUGGUAACUCAGAGUCUUCAGAUUCCGAUUUCGUUGAUUUCCAAUCUAAAAGGCCUCUCAGAAAGUUGAGAUCAUUGAAUAAUGGUACUGUCAGUGUACUAGAUGUCUCAAAACCAGAUAGUAUAGAAGAAACAGUGAAUAAGUUAGCAGAUAGUGAUGAGAAUGAUUUUGAAGCUAAGAGGCCUAAGAGAUCUUCAAGGUUGCUAAACAACAAUGUAAAUAUCCCCGCUGGGAAAACCGAUGAACUACUUCCUGAUGCUCCCUCAGAACUAUCAACAGAUAAGAAAACGAAUGCUCCAAGAAAGAACGGCAAAAAUGAACAAUCCCUUGAACCGGAUACUCCUAGCCAAUCAGUGGACGAAAUCGAUGGAAUGAACGAUUCACUGCAAAGGCAAAAUUCUAGAUCGCUCCGGAAAAAAUCAGCUAUUAACUACUCAGAAAUUGAAGAAAAUACUUUUGUCAUACCUGAUGCUACUGAAGAAACAAUACAAACAAACGAUAAAAAUAGCCUGAUGACUAAGAAUCGCAACGACAAAACUAUCGGAAAUACUCUAAUGGUCGAUGUUGAACCGAUAAACACAAUUUCAGACUUGAUUUCUGAAAGAGUUGAAACAGAUGUACUGGAAGUUCAGAUAAUCCCACCUGUUGAUGCAACUCCUCAAGAUUCCGACUUGACCAACCCUGACGUGGAAACAGAUGAAUCCGCAUUGAUGAAACCAGCACCAACUGUUUCUAAAAAGUUCACUAAGAAGAAGAAGAAGAAGAAUGCUGGCAAGUCGAAAAUUCUAAAUCAGCUCCCACCGCUUGUUGAUUCCAAAAAUACUCAGGACAUAGCAGUUGUCACCUGUGAACCCAUUACAGAAGACAAUUCAAAAAGUGACACAGCUAUUGUUGCCCCUCUAUUUCCCUCAGAGACUGCUGAUACUGAACCACCGAUAAAAAUAAUCAUCAACAAACAGAAAGCCAGAAGGAAAUCGAAGAGCAUCAAGAAGAUUGACAGUAAAGGCCCUAAUGAUCUGUUCCAAGAUUUCGCUUUGGUGAUAAAAAAGAAGCGCACCACUCCUUUCAUGAGUUUUUCUCCACCAGACACAUUUUCCAAGGAAGACACAGAUGCUUAUUCCCUAUUUCCACCAAAACCGUUAGAAAUUCAGCAAGUACUGGAUAAAAAAGAUGACGAUCAUUUCAUCGAUAAAAAAGAUGAAGAUCAUGCUGAGCUAGAUGUAUCUGUGGAAGAAAUGGAUAUGGAAUUAGAUGAGAUACCAAUCAACGCCAGUAUUAUUGAAAAUACCUUGAAUCUAUCACUUCCUUUAGAUCACGAAACAGAUGAAUUGACCCUGUUUGAUUCACCUAAAGUAGAAGUGAACCCUGUCACCAAACCUCUCAUCACCAAAACAACAAGAAAUGGACGUAAAAACAAACAUUCUAAAAACAAAGGAAUCAUCGAUAAAGAAUCUGAAACAGAAAUGUCUGUUGAUUCAAAAGACAUUUCUUCACUUGUGAUGGAGGAAUAUAGCGAACUCCCAAUCUCAUCAGCAAUGUCAAAUAUUGAAGAGGUCGUGAAAAAAGAUAUGUCACCUGAAGAUCAACAAGUUGAAGAACCGAGGCCAGUAAAGAAAACAUCAAAAAAAUCUAAGGAAAAGCUAGUCGAGGGAAGUACUAACCUUGGUAUACCGUCACUGUCACAUAUUGGAAAGAUUUUAGAUCAGGAUCAUCCAGAAGAGGAAAAAUUGAAUACAAUAGUAAAAAGUCCUAUCGGAUUUGGAAGACAGAAAACAGUAAAUAGGAGAUCUAAGGGAAAGUUUGUGGAAAAAUAUGCUGAAUUUGAUGAUCUAGCAUUGCCACCUAUAAAAGAUACUCCACAGCAGGACCUGUUUGUUGAAGAAGACUUGAAUAAGUCUGUUGAAAGUUCAAAACCGAUAAAGACAAAGAAAGCCAAGGGAAAGUCUGUUGAAAAAUUUGCUGAAUUUGGCAACCCAGCAUUACCUCUUGUGGAAAAUCCUUUAGAGAAUGAUCUGUCAGUUGAAGAAGGAAAUGAAAUGUCCAAACCCAUAAAGAAGACAUCAAAGAAAGGCAAGGGAAAGUCACUGGAAGUAUUUCCUCAAUUUGACAUUCCAGCACUGCCACCAAUGGGAGAUUCUAGUGACAAAGCCCUAUUAGUUGAAGAACAUUUCAAUAUUGCAGCUGAAAAUCCAAUAGUUGAAAGGCCUGAAACAAGACAGAGACCAUCAAGAAAAGCCAAAUCUAUGGUAGAAUAUUCUGAAUUUGGCAUCGUAGCUCUGCCACCAAUUGUAAAUACCCUAGAGAAGGCCCUGCUAGUUGAAAAGGACUUAGAUGCAAUAGUGAAAAAUCCCAUCAGUGUUGAAAAAAGGAAAUCGGUUAAGAGGAAUUCAAAUAAUAAAGGCCAAGGAAAAUAUAUAGAAGAUUUCGCUGAAAUUGACAUUCCAGAACUGCCAUCUUUGGGAAAUACCUCAGAAAAGGACCUAUUAGUUGAGAACUUGGAUGCUACACUGAAAAAUUCAAUAGGACUUGAAAAAACUAAAACAGUCAAGAGGACAUCAAAUAAAGUCAAGGGGCUUCAUAUAGAAGAGUAUGCUGAAUUUGACUUCCUACCACUGCCACCUAUGGUGAAUACCCUAGAGAAGAACCUGUUACUUGAAGAAGACUUAGGUGCAACAGUGAAAUACCCAAUUGGUGUUGAAAAACGAAACCCGAUUGAGAGGACAUCAAAUAAAGCCCAAGGAAAAUCUGUGAAAGAAUUCGCACAAUUUGAUAUUCCAGGACUGCCAUCUUUGGAAAAAACUUUAGAGAAAGACGUGUUAGUUGAAAACUUGGAUGCAACUUCAAAAAAUCCAAUUGGAGUUGAAAAACCAAAACUGAUGAAGAGGACAUCAAAGAAAGCCUUGGGAAAGCAUAUGGAAGAGUGUACUGAAUUUGAUAUUCCAGUUAUUGCACCAAUGGAAGAUGCUCUUGAUAAAGACCAAUUUGUUGAAGACCAUUCAGACAUUGUAGCCAAGAGUGCAAUAGUUGAAAAGCCUAAAUCAGUACAAAGAGCAUCAAGAAAAACCAAGGAGAAGUCUGUGAAAGAAUAUGCCAUGGGAGAUAUAAUUGCCAAAGACCUAUUACUUGAAGAAAAUUCAGAUAUUCCAAUAGUUGAAAAGCCUAAAACAAUACAGAGAACAUCAAUAGAAGUGAAAGCAAAGUCUUCAGAAGAAUAUGCUGACUUUGACAUCCUAGCAUUGCCACCUACUGGAAAAACUGAUGAACAGAACAUAUUAGUUGAAGAACAGUUGGAUACAAUAGCUGAAAAACCGAAGCCAGUGAAGAAGGCAGUAAAAAAAGUGAAGAAAAAGUCUAAGAAUAGAAAAUCUUCCAAUCAUUUACUUACUAGUGAUGAUAUGACUACUGAAGAUAGAGAAAAAUCACCAACCAAACCUCUUACAGAAAUGAGUUCAGAAGACAACUGCUUGGAUGUAUUGAAUCAUAAAAGUUUCAUCAAACCACAAAUCUCUGCAGAGAUGCUACUAUCUAAACUAGGAGAUACACGCCCAUUAGAUGACACUGAUGGCAUGUCACUCCUGAAUGAUCAAAAAUUCAAUAACCCACCACCCUUGGAUGGUGCAGAAAACCUUCAGGAAUUGCCUCUCAAAGACAAAGACAUUGAUCUUAUAUACGCAUUUUCUGAAACGGAAGAUCUCGAAAUCAACACGCCAAUAGAACUACCAAAACGGCUACCCAGAUUUCUUCUGAAGACCACACCCACAGCUAAUGAUUCUGACCAGAAAGAUGAACAGCAAAAGGCAAAGAAGAAACCAAAACAGAAGAAGAUAUCAACCCUAGAAAACGAAGAAGAAGACAUAGAAACUAUCGUCAAGGAAAUCAAAGAGAAUGGUAUAGAUCUCGAAGAAAAUGGACGAAGGAAGCCCAUGAGAUCUGCUAAAGUAAAGGCUCUAGAAUACAUACACGAUGACGCCUUAGCAGAACUUUCUGAGAGUGAAAGAAAUAGAGUACUGAAGUCAUCCAAAGCUAUACAGAACGAAAACGAAGCUGACAUUGAAACCUCCCACAAGAAAAAUAAAAAGCAGAAGAAGAACGAAACGGCGCCAGAGUUGAUUGAGACGGCCAGCUUCUCUUAUGAAGCACUAGCUGAAGAUGAAGCACCUUUGUUGGCAGAACUAGUAGCAGAGUUACAUGGGCUAGAAGAGCUAGAGAAUAGCAUAGAAAGAGAACUCAAUGCGGAUAUGAACGAGAGAAACAAACUUAUGGAUACGACAGAUUCCCCAGACCAAACAGUUGAGGAACCAACUUUGGAAGAAUCUCUUCCCAAUACUGGUGGAGAGACCAUAUCCGAAGAAAAUCAAGAGCUUAGGAGGAGUAGGAGAGGGUCCAGAAAAGUUGCUUCCUACAACGAAAACGACCUCAUAGAUCCAAUCAUAGACGCGCUGGAAAACAAGAGAAUUGCCAAGAAAAAAGAUACCAAGGCAGUGGAGAACAAAAAUCAGAAGAAGACCAAAGAUCCAGAGAAGAAGCUAAACAGCGAUCAGUUGUUUGACCUGCUCAAAGCGUCAACAACUGAAAGCGUCUAUGUUCCCAAGCAACAAAAUUCUUUUCUGGAUAAUUUGGGAGAUAUUUCUAGAUAUAUCAACGAUGAUAACUUUGAUACGGUGUUUGGAGACCUCCGAGAAAAGAACAAGGACUCAGACAAGAUCUACGACUUCAACGAUAGUUCAUUAACAACUGAACAGGUGGCCAUGAAUAAAUCGUUAAUUCUAUCUAAGCAGUCUGACGACAGCUCGCUUUCUAGUUCUUCAUACAAAUUGCUGACUCCUGAUAUCCAAGACUCUAGUACUUCCGAAGAGAGCAAAUCCAAACUGGAUACAGUCGUUGACUCGAACUAUUGCGAAAUAUGCAGUAAGUCUUUCAUCAGAGUCGAGAACCUGGUGAAGCAUAGAAGAACCUUGACGCAUAUCCAGAAGCUGUCCGAAAUAGAAGCUAAGGAAGCUGAAUUGAAGCUGCAACAAGACCAAAUCGCUCAAGAGAUUCCCAACACCUUCACAAACAAGCAUUCCCUCAAACUAGCUGACAUUAUAAGCGAUGUAUUGAACAAGCCUGUACUCGUUGAAGAAGCUUCCAAAUUCCCUGACAUCGUUCUGCAGAAUACAAGCAAGCCUGAGGUAAAACGCUACAAGAGCUUGGGCGAACGAAAAAGCUUCGAGUCUGACAACAACCUUCUCCAGGAGUCCAAAACCACGAUUCUAGAAAAACAGAUCAGCCUACUGGAGGACAUAAUCGAGAACAAAGCAAACAACAGCUACAUCGAUGACAUAUCCUCGUCCUCAGACGAUUCCUUACUGAGCUCGAAACAAGACAUCACAUCGAAGAACAAAAGCACCAAGACGAUCGACGAUGACAGCUUCUUGAAGCCCACGCAGUACGAGGAGAUAUCGGAGGACAGCGCCAAUCAGAGGCACUACGAGGAUCAAAAGCUGAGGAAGACUUUGAACAGGGACGAAGAGCUGUUCUUGGAGUGCUGCAGCUUGCUCAAGAGCGGCUCCGAGGUGUCCAGCAGCUACUCGAGCAAAAAGAUGGCCAACAAGGAUGUGGGACCUGUGAAUGUGCGACAGCCGGAUUGGAUGGAGAAGAAGAAUCUGGUGCAGCCGCCUGAGUUGGAUCUGGAUGACGAUUAUUCUGAUGAUAACUCGAGGAUUCCGACGCCAUUGGGGGAUAGUUUCGAUGAUGACGCUUCCAAUUCCAACACGAUUUCUUCCGAUUGGGGGGUGAACGGAAGGGAGACUUGUGCUAAGGAGGAUGGCAGCGCGAGGCUGAAUUUUCAAGGCAUUUCUGCAGAGAAGAGGGAUAGCAGCGAUCUAAAGUUCCAAGAUUUGUUGAAGACAAACAGAUCACCGUUCACCCAAGAUCUUCCAACAAAAUCGCCAACAGUCGAACCCAGCAAGACUGAAGAAAUCGACACGAAAAAAAUCAUCACCAAAGGCGCUCGCAAAGUCUUUGAAGGCCUGAAAGUAUCCAUUCCCACAGAGGAGCUGAACCUCGAAGAGGUCCUCAACUGCAGUCCCAAACCCAAAAAAUUAGAGGUGCAGACAAUCUCCGAUACAUCACCAUCUGCCACCACCAAACCAGCCAAAAACGCUAGAAAAUCCAAACCGGUGAAAAAAAGUCAAGUUGGCAGCAAUAUCCUGUUCAAGGUCAACAAGAAAAAGUUGCUCUCUCCCACUGCUCUUCCCCAACCCACUCCGGAAAACCAAGACAAAGACACCAAAAGCUAUGACGUGUACGACUUUGAGGAAACCCAAGACAACACUGAAGUCUUCGCAAAGUCUGACUUCAAAGCGUUUCGACACACAAAAACUGGAGAAUUGGAACUGGAACCAGAACCGAUAUCCUCCAGCGUGAAAAAGUCCAAGGACCAAGAAAACAUAACCAAGAAAAAGUGCAUGAUCAUGGGAAGAAUUUUCAAGAACGCCGCCAAAUCCAAAAUAGAAGACAUCGAUGACGAGAUAAGAACAAUUCCCACCAUAGACAAUGGAGAACUAGUGGAAAAGUAUGUUGCUAGCUGCAAUGAGGCAGCUGAAACCGAUAAGAAACAAAAGCUGUCAGAAAAUGAAAUGAACCAACUGUUUGCCCAACUCUUAGACACGAAACCCGAGCGAGACAACCCCAAACAACCGAAACCCAAACCGGAAACCAAGAAACCACCGGAACAGAAGAAGAAACCAAAGCCGAAGGGCAAAAAGCGAGCCAGAACCAACUCCGAAUCGACAGACGACGAGUUCAGCCUGAACACGAACAAGCGGCGUUCUGGCAAGAAAAACGGCAAAGAAGAAGACAACUGCAUCAACUUAGAGCAAGAGCUCAAAGAGUGCAUAGGCGUGGCGAGCAGAAAGAGCCAAAGAAGUUGCACCAGCGGCAAACAGAACAUCCUGAUGGAGUACUGGAGCUCGGACGAUUCUCAGUUCGAAGCCAUGUUGGAGAAGCAAAUUAUCGAAGUCAAACCCAAAAAGCAGCAAAUCAUCGAUGUGAAAUCGAAGAAACCACCUGUGGAAUCCAAGAAACCACCUGUGGAGGAGCCGGUGUCGGUUGCCAUGGCAACAGACCCUGUUCCCCCUAUGGAUCCCGCCGAUCGCAAGAAGAAGCGGUCGGAGAAGAAGAAGACGCUGCCGGCGGACGACAGCCUCGCCGGGGAGUCGAAUAAAGAGUCAAACAGACGCAAGAGGGCUGCCGCCAAUCCGUUGUACCAUUGGUCGAGCUCGUCGGAGGACGAGACCUCCGACCUCAUCGAGGUGAGGCCUGCGAGAGAGGAGGCCGAGGAGGACGAAGAACGGCCGGUACAGCACGGCUGGAUCGUGGGGGAAUCCCCGAAAAAGCUGGUGAUGAUGCUGGCGCAGGCCAAAGGAAAGAAAACUGACAUCGACGGGGUCAAGGAGCAGGGGAAGAGGAGGACUGGGGCUGUUAGUUGACGAUGAACGUUCUAAUUUGAGGUUUUAAUGCAACAGCUCUAUCAUUGGUUGGUAUGUCUUCCAGUACUUCCAAAUUCUCAGUCAAAGUCUCACAUACUAUCGGCAAAUUUACAUUAACUUAAGUUUCAUUCGCUGUUAUUCUAUCGAUACUAUCUUUUUACACUAUCGAUAGUUCAGUCGAUGUUUAUUCAACACUAUGAUUUUAGUGUGCUGUGUAAAUUUAUGUUCCCAUGAGAUGGACUCGGGAAUAAUGAACUUUGAUGAUUGUGCUAGAGGUGAAUUUGUGGAUUUGUUGAAUGUGUACAUAUUUUCUUAGGUGUUUAAGCAUAAAUUGAAAUUAUAUUUAGGGGCAGCUUGUAUUAUAAUAUGUCUGAAUGUCCAAGUUAGGUUAUAGUUUGAUGAGGCACUAGAAAAGCGCAAUUUUGAUUUGAAGAAGGUCAAUUUUCUAGUUUGAGUCGGUUUUUUUGUUAUUUUUUUUAUACAAUCAAUCUAUUUUUUGUUAUCUUAUCAGAUAGUUUCGAAAUAGCUGUCGAUAUUGCCAAUUUUUUUAUAAAAAAUUUCGUGAGCAAAGUUGUAUAAAUAAAUUCUGUUAUUCUUUAUUGAAAUUCGUAUUAAUUUUAUUUUAGACAUGUUUAUUAAUUGUGGUAUCAUUUGUGUUCAUAGUGUGUUCCAAAAAGUACACAUCCCUAUAUAAAUUUAAUAGUUCUGUGAUCACAAUAUAUGUUUAACUUUGAUUUGAAAUAAUCGUUUUUUAUUUUUCUCGCUAGUGACAAAAAAGCAAGGCAAGUGAGGAGUUACAACCCUGUAUAUCGAAAAAAUACAAGAUUUCGGGGUACUUAUUGGUAUACACUGUAUAUUUGUUUAUUUGUUAUAUAGUAAUUUUCCAGGAAGCAAUUAUUUUUCAAUGUUUUUUUGCUGUUUACACUGCCAGGAUGUGCCUUGGGCCAAUGUGAAUGGGUCGUGAUACUUUUUUCUUGUACAUAAUGUUGCAUAUAGGAUGUGUAAUAUAUAACUAAGCCAUAUACUUAUGGGAAUAAAUUUAAUCGGUAUUUGUGUUUGUCCAACAUGUAUCAGAAAAUCUUUUUAAUAAAUGAUUCCCCCUGUAGAUGCACAAUUUUCUUUCUUUUGUUUUGAU